UUUUGUCACACAAACACACUCAACAAAAUAUGUCUCUCAUCUUCUUUCUUGUUCUCUUUUUCUUUCACUCUCACUCUCUCCCAGUUUGUAGGAAUUCAUGUGCCAAUAUUGAAAUAGACUAUCCUUUUGGCAUUGAUGAUGGUUGUGGUGCACCCCUCUUCCGGAAUAUGCUCAAUUGCUCCACCACUUUUACCCCUCUUACCACCCCUACAACCACCACAACAACUAACACCACCGCACCCGUCCUCACGCCCACCUUUGCCUCGCCCACCAUUGCCUCGCCCACCACCACCGUCACCACCCCCUCGGCCACGGCACUCUUUUUCCAAACCCCGUCCGGUAGCUACAAGGUCGAGUCCAUCGACUAUGCCUCGAAAACCGUUACUAUAUAUGACCCCUCCAUGUCCACUUGCACUAUUCUUCAACCACACCAUGAUUUCCUCUUGUCCGACCUCCAAUCCGCCCUCAUCCCACCCUCACCAGACACUGUUUUCGCCCUCGUUAAUUGCUCCAUUGACUCUCCGGUUUUAAACCACUAUAAAUCGUUAUGCUUUAACUUCUCUAGUGACCACUCAUGUGAUGACUUGUACAACUCAUGCACCUCGUUCAAGAUCUUUAAUAUUGUCGAAUGACACUCCUCCGGCGUGUUGCUUUACGUCAUACGCUACGCUUAAGUUUAUGAGUAUGAAUAUACUGGAUUGCACUCAUUAUACGAGCUUCUAUGACGUCGACAAGUUGAAGGACGAGAAACCGUUGGAUUGGUCCUAUGGGAUGAAGUUGUCUUAUAGUUUGCCGGAUACAGGGUGUGAUCGGUGUCGGAGAUCCGGUGGAACUUGUGGGUUUGAUGUUGAAACGGAAGGAAUGUUGUGCAUUUGCUCACCCACCCUUAACUCAACAAGACAAUGUGGUGACGGUCCAGUCGCGGGUAAGGCUGGGGAGGGAUUAGUAUUCCUACAUCUGUCAUUAACCAUUGUUUUUGUUUAUGUUUAUGUAUUUAUUUUUAUGUCUUGAUUAAAAUCAUUUCAAAAAUCAUGCAAUGAAACAUUGUAUGUUAAGAAACAAGACAAUGAUGCAUUAAUUUUCUUUCUGAUUCCAA